CCGACGCGGGGAGCGCGCCUCGCGCUGACUCAGCGGCAGCGGCGGCGUUAGCCGGCCCUCGCGCUCUUUCCUUUCCUGGGGCGCCGACCCCGCCCGCCUGCUCGCUGGCUUGCCUGCCCCGCGCCACGCAGGAGAAGGCGACAGGAUGUUUAUGGAUUCUUCUCUGGGAUCAGAGGGCACGCCUGUUGUAAUCAGGAAACUCCAAGUAUAGCAGCAGGGAUGGAUGAACAGGCUCUGUUAGGGCUAAAUCCAAAUGCUGAUUCAGACUUCAGACAAAGGGCUCUGGCCUAUUUUGAGCAGUUAAAGAUUUCCCCAGAUGCCUGGCAGGCGUGUGCAGAAGCUCUAGCCCAGAGGACCUACAGUGAUGAUCACAUAAAGUUUUUCUGCUUCCAAGUACUAGAACAUCAAGUUAAAUACAAAUAUUCAGAACUAACCACUGUUCAACAACAACUAAUUAGGGAGACGCUCAUAUCUUGGCUUCAAACUCAGAUGCUGAAUCCCCAACCAGAGAAGACCUUUAUACGAAAUAAAGCAGCCCAAGUCUUCGCCUUGCUUUUCGUUACAGAGUAUCUUACUAAAUGGCCCAAGUUUUUUUUUGACAUUCUCUCUGUUGUGGACCUAAAUCCAAGAGGAGUCGAUCUGUACCUCCGAAUCCUCAUGGCUAUUGACUCAGAGUUGGUGGAUCGUGACGUGGUACAUACAUCUGAGGAGGCUCGUAGGAAUACUCUAAUAAAAGAUACCAUGAGGGAACAGUGCAUUCCAAACCUAGUGGAAUCAUGGUACCAAAUCUUACAAAAUUAUCAGUAUACUAAUUCAGAAGUGACAUGUCAGUGCCUUGAAGUAGUUGGGGCUUAUGUCUCUUGGAUAGACUUAUCCCUUAUAGCCAAUGAUAGGUUUAUAAAUAUGCUGCUAGGUCAUAUGUCAAUAGAAGUUCUACGGGAAGAAGCAUGUGACUGUUUAUUUGAAAUUGUAAAUAAAGGAAUGGACCCUGUUGAUAAAAUGAAACUAGUAGAAUCUUUGUGUCAAGUAUUACAGUCUGCUGGGUUUUUCAGCAUUGACCAGGAAGAAGAUGUUGAUUUCCUGGCCAGGUUUUCUAAGCUGGUGAAUGGAAUGGGACAGUCAUUGAUCGUUAGCUGGACUAAAUUAAUUAAGAGUGGGGAUAUCAAGAAUGCUCAGGAGGCACUGCAAGCUAUUGAAACGAAAGUGGCGCUGAUGUUACAACUGCUAAUUCAUGAGGAUGAUGACAUCUCCUCCAAUAUUAUUGGGUUUUGUUAUGAUUAUCUUCAUAUUUUGAAACAGCUUACAGUGCUCUCGGAUCAGCAAAAAGCAAAUGUAGAGGCAAUCAUGUUGGCGGUUGUGAAAAAAUUGACUUAUGAUGAAGAAUAUAACUUUGAAAAUGAGGGUGAAGAUGAAGCCAUGUUUGUAGAGUAUAGGAAGCAGCUGAAGUUAUUGUUGGACAGGCUUGCUCAAGUUUCACCAGAGUUACUGCUGGCUUCUGUUCGCAGAGUUUUUAGUUCUACACUGCAGAAUUGGCAGACUACACGGUUUAUGGAAGUUGAAGUAGCAAUAAGAUUGCUGUAUAUGUUGGCAGAAGCUCUCCCAGUAUCUCAUGGUGCUCACUUCUCAGGUGAUGUUUCAAAAGCUAGUGCUUUGCAGGAUAUGAUGCGAACUUUGGUAACAUCAGGAGUCAGUUCCUAUCAGCAUACAUCUGUAACAUUGGAGUUCUUCGAAACUGUUGUUAGAUAUGAAAAGUUUUUCACAGUUGAACCUCAACACAUUCCAUGUGUACUGAUGGCUUUCUUAGAUCACAGAGGUCUGCGGCAUUCUAGUGCAAAAGUACGGAGCAGAACUGCUUACCUGUUUUCCAGAUUUGUCAAAUCUCUCAAUAAACAAAUGAAUCCUUUCAUUGAGGAUAUUUUGAAUAGAAUACAAGAUUUACUAGAACUUUCUCCACCUGAGAAUGGUUACCAGUCCUUGUUGAGCAGCGACGAUCAGCUGUUUAUUUAUGAGACAGCUGGAGUGCUGGUUGUGAAUAGUGAAUACCCAGCAGAAAGGAAGCAAGCGCUGAUGAGGAACCUGUUGACUCCACUGAUGGAGAAGUUUAAAAUUCUGUUAGAAAAACUGAUGCUGGCACAGGAUGAAGAAAGGCAGGCAUGUCUAGCAGAUUGUCUUAACCAUGCUGUUGGAUUUGCCAGCCGAACUAGCAAGGCUUUCAGCAACAAGCAGACUGUGAAACAAUGUGGCUGUUCUGAAGUUUAUCUGGACUGUUUACAAACAUUCUUGCCAGCCCUCAGUUGCCCCUUACAAAAGGAUAUUCUUAGAAGUGGAGUUCGCACUUUCCUUCAUCGAAUGAUUAUUUGUUUAGAGGAAGAAGUUCUUCCAUUCAUCCCAUCUGCCUCGGAACAUAUGCUCAAAGACUGUGAAGCAAAAGACUUGCAGGAGUUCAUUCCUCUCAUCAACCAGAUCACAGCCAAGUUUAAGAUACAGGUGUCCCCAUUCUUACAGCAGAUGUUCAUGCCCCUGCUCCAUGCGAUUUUUGAAGUGCUGCUCCGACCAGCAGAAGAGAACGACCAGUCUGCUGCUUUAGAGAAGCAGAUGUUGCGGAGGAGUUACUUUGCUUUCCUGCAAACAGUCACAGGCAGUGGAAUGAGCGAAGUUAUAGCCAAUCAAGGUGCAGAAAAUGUAGAACGAGUGUUAAUAACUGUUAUCCAAGGAGCAGUUGAAUAUCCAGAUCCAAUUGCCCAGAAAACCUGUUUUAUCAUCCUUUCAAAGUUGGUAGAACUCUGGGGAGGUAAAGAUGGACCAGUGGGAUUUGCUGAUUUUGUUUAUAAGCACAUUGUCCCUGCAUGUUUCCUAGCACCUUUAAAACAAACCUUUGACCUGGCAGAUGCACAAACAGUGUUGGCCUUAUCUGAAUGUGCAGUGACACUGAAAACCAUUCAUCUCAAACGGGGCCCAGAAUGUGUUCAGUAUCUUCAACAAGAAUACCUGCCCUCUUUGCAGGUAGCUCCAGAAAUAAUUCAGGAGUUUUGUCAAGCACUUCAGCAGCCUGAUGCUAAAGUUUUUAAAAAUUACCUAAAGGUGUUCUUCCAGAGAGCAAAGCCCUAAGGAUUGGAUUUCCCUGUGCCUACUUCCUGAUAAGAAAUUCCAGUUAUUUAUAAAAAAGCAGUUUUUGUGUGCCAUUCAUACUCAUCUUUUUAACAUUGUUUUGAGCUAAUUGCAGUAUAUGUAUUGGGAUUUUUCUGUAAAAUGGGUGUAAUUUUCCCUAAAUAACAGGUAUGUGACAACAAGAAGUUGCAUGCCAGCUGAAGAUGUUAAAUGUAAAAUGCUGUUAAAAGACAAAACACUUAUCCUAGUACCUUAAUUUUUUUAUUUGAAACUUUAUGUCAAGACCUUUAUAAAAACCAUAGCAGUGGAAAACAGUACUUUUUAAAAAUUGCUGAAUAUAAAAUGUUCAAAAUAUUUAGUUUCUUUUUUGUGAGAAGACACUUAAAGUAUGGAGGAAAUAUAACAAUCAGAACUAAUUUGUAGAUAGCCAUUACAUUUAAACUGUUUCAAUGCCAAUGUGUAUUCUACAAGAGAAUGGUUUCAUAAAUUAAUCAAUUAAAAGUAGGUGAUGGUAUACACUUUUUUAAUAAAAUAGUAAAUAAAUUUUAUGUAGUGAAAUCUA